CUAUUCCCCAUGGUCCUUACGGAGUCGCCAGCAUCCACUACGGACUACGAGAAAUAGAAUUACCGCCAAAACAGCGCUGAUUGUCUUAGCUCACCAGGAGCGGACGUCUUUUAAUUACGCCAUGAAGGAUGCAGCGGCAGCUGCUCUGAAGAGGAAGGGGUGGAAUGUCUUGGUGUCGGACCUGUAUGAAAUGAAAUAUAACCCUGUCUUGUCACGUGCCGAUAUUAAAGGUAAAGCUAAGGACCCGAAACAGUUCAAAUAUAGCCCUGAGACAUUUGAAGCAUGGAAGGAAGGGCGCCUUACCAAAGACAUUGUUGAAGAGCAGAAGAAGAUUGAAAAAGCCGACCUGAUUAUUUUCCAGUUUCCCUUAUAUUGGUUUGGAAUGCCGGCCAUAAUGAAAGGAUGGGUGGAACGAACGUUCUGUAUGGGGUUCGCAUACAGUUUUCAGACAAUGUAUUCCAAUGCAGCACCGUUCAAGGAUAAGAAAGCCAUUCUGUCAUUCACCACUGGUAGCUCAGAAGCAAUGUACUCACCUAAAGGGAUCAAUGGAGACAUAAAUGUUAUGUUAUGGCCACUGCAGAACGGGAUUCUGAAUUUCUGUGGGUUCCAAGUCCUGGAACCUCAAAUCACAUAUUCUGUGGCUCGCUUACCUCAGGAAGCUCGCACUGGGAUGCUGAAGAGCUGGGAGAAGCGACUUGAGACUGUCUGGGAUGAGAAAACCAUCAAAUUCCUUCCUGUCCAGGACUUUGAAGGCAUGGCCAAUGGAUUCCAGAUGAAGAAAGACGUGGAGGAGGCCAGGUCCGAAAACAAGUAUGGUCCAACUGUAGGACAGAACAUGGGCAAGCCGCUGCCACCCGACAGCCAGUUGAAGGCUGAAGGCACCCGAUUGUGAGACUGUUUAGCAAAGUGUUUAUGUGGGGCAGAUUGCCCUUGUCAGCAAAGAGACCAUGCCUGGCCACAGGAACCCAUAGUGACGUCAUUGUCGGUGGGUUGCCCGUACACACAGGCAGAUGUACCGGUAUAUCUGCAAGCUAUAUCACCAUGUGCUCGGCUGCACAGCCGCCGUGAUAGGUCUUGGAACGAUGCUGUUUAUAGAUAUAUUGGGUGUACACACAAACAGGUGUACAUAUAUCACUUGUCAUCUGUACAAACGCAUAGCGUGUACUCAGCCUAAGCGAGCAGAAUAAUCAUUAUAUUAUAGAAGCCAGACAGGAAAAUUUAACAAAUAUAUUUAACUUGAAAAUAUGUAAAAUUCAAAAUGUUGUUUUGAACAUUUAAUUAAAAAUAUUUUUCUAA